GUAGUCCGUGAAUUUCCGUGCCUCACGUGUAAUGCUGAAGUUCUGUGUGGUCUUGACUCUGAUCGUCGGACUCGGACGAGACAAGGAGCGUGCCAUUCCCGUUUGUACUUUGAACAGGAGAAGCGCUCGACCAGCAAAAAAUGCUAACGAUUCGGUCUCUCGCAGCUUCGGCGCUGGCUUGCGCUUUCCUAUCUGCCAACCCGUCGCUAGUCGCUGCCGACUACACGGUGAAAGCAGAUGCCGCUUCGACUGUGCAGGGCUCGUGGGAUGGCUGGGGCACAUCGCUUUGCUGGUGGGCUAACGUCUUCGGAGACCGCGCGGACAUCGCUGACGCUCUGUUCACCUUGAACGAGACUGUGGCCGUGGACGGUGCUGGAGACAUUCCGGGUCUUGGUUUCAACAUCGCUCGUUACAACAUCGGAGGCUCGAGCAGCAACGUCGUCGACGACAGCGGCACUGAGGUCGCGAUGAAGACGUCGGAGAACAUGCCUGCGUUCAAGUUUAUGGAGAGCUUCUGGCUCGAUUGGAUGAGCAAGGACGCGGCUUCCACGAGUUGGAACUGGAAGGCUGACCUCGAAGCCUUCUCAAACUCGCCGCCCUGGUGGAUGACCAACAACCGCGCAACUGCAGGCGGAGCCGACGGAAAGAAGGACAAUCUGCAAGAGUGGAACCACGACGAGUUCGUCUUGUAUUUGGCCACUGUAGUGAGUAAGGCUAAGUCGGAUUGGGGUAUUAAGUUCACGUUCGUUGAGCCCUUUAACGAGCCCUCAGAGACGUGGUGGGAGUUCCCUGGUAAACAGGAAGGAUGCCACUUUUCGGUGGACACGCAACAAACCAUUUUGCCACUUCUACGUAAGCAACUCGACGCUCUUGAGCUUCAGGAUGUGGCUAUCGCUACGUCUGACGAGAACUCGGCUACCGAGGCUUUGCAUACAUUGGACACUAUGUCCGGCAACGCCGACGUUAUGGGUUCGUUUGAAAAGGUCAACACGCACGGUUACCAGGGUCUUGAAGCCUACCGUGGCCCUGACCGUGGGGGACUAAGGGAUCUCACUAAGAAGCUGAUGAAGAGUCUGUGGGACUCCGAGUACGGCGAGAAGGACGCCACUGGGCUCACAAUGGCCGAGUCUAUUGGCCUUGACAUCAACGAGAUGGGCGUGUCGGGCUUCGUGUACUGGCAGGCGCUAGACAGUGGCGGCUGGGGCCUCAUCCAGUCCAACCCGGGCGACAAAUGGAUCGGCACGCCCAACCCAAAGUACUACGUGAUGGCGCAGUACUCGCGUCACAUUCGUCCGGGCAUGCAGAUCCUCGCCUCGGACGACGCCAAGACCGUGCUGGGCUACGACUCGGCGAAGAAGCUGCUGGUCGUCGUGACUGUGAAUAUGGGCGACGCUCAGACCGUCACAUUCGACUUGGCCAGCUUCGCAGCUGUGGCGGGGCCCAUCAACGCGUGGACUACCGAGACCAGCGGCAAGGGAGCGCUCCACAAGGCGAGCACCGUGAAAGCCACAGACAAGUCAUUCAGCGCUGCCUUCCCUGCCGGGUCGGUCAUGACUUUCGAGAUCGAGGGAGUCACCCUCGCAGCGUAAUGAUCAUGUAGCAGCAUCUUGUCGUUUCAUAUUGAUGCUAGAUAAUCACAUGAAGAACCAUGUUCCUA